AUGACAAUAAAACGUUUCUUUCGUGAUUGUUAUGUUAUAGUACCCACAUGGGGAAAGAACUAUACAUUUCAAUGUAAAUGUAAAUUGAAGAUAAGUGGCUGUUUACAUGCUGAUUUCGAAGCAAAAUUCUGUAGACUUGUGAUGUCUAUUCAUCGUUGGUUAAUUGAAGAUAAUGCGAAGAUAUUACUAGUGUCUCAUUAUAUGAUAAGUUAA